UUUAGUUGUUUGACUCAUUAGCUUGAAACAGCACAAUAUGUCCGGUGAGGCAGCUUGCUUCACAUCUACGGGAGCGGUGCCACAACUUUUUGCUUCAGCGCUUAACUUCCUAGCAGCAGCACAAUGUAUAGUGCCUAAUAAAACAGAUUCAUUUGAUACAGUACCUGAUCUGGAGACAUUCGAUUUCAUAGUUGUGGGAGCGGGAUCAGCGGGUAGUGUAGUAGCAAAUCGAUUGAGUGAAAUAUCUCAUUGGAAUGUUUUACUUCUUGAAGCUGGACCUGAACCACCUAUCGAAUCUGAUAUACCUCGCAUGUAUGGCGCAUUAUAUCAAAGCAAAUUUGAUUGGCAAUAUGCUACGAAAAACAAUGGCAUAAAACAACAGGCAUUUAGAAAUGGUGAAGUACCGUGGCCACGCGGUAAAAUGCUAGGUGGCUCCAGUAGUAUCAAUGCUAUGUUUUAUGUAAGAGGAAGAGACUCCGACUUUCAGUCUUGGUCAGAUGCUGGAAAUCCAAGUUGGUCUCCCAAAAAUGUAAAUAAGUAUUUUAAAAAAGCAGAAAACUUUGAAGAUAUGGAACUUAACAAAGACCCUGAAAUAUAUAAAACCUAUGGACAAGAAGGUCCACUUGUAGUUAACAGCUUUAAUAGCACGUAUAGGGAAAUAACUCAAAAAGUUAUAGACUCUUGGGAUUACAUUGGAAUCAAACAAGUGCCUGAUAUUAACGCGGCCAAGUACCGGGGAUAUGGAUUAUGCGGAACAUCAAGAGUGACUGCGCGGAAUGGGCAAAGAGAAAGCACUUACAGAGCUUAUUUAAAUAAAGCAAAAAAUAGAUUGAAUCUUAAAAUUGUCACAAAUGCUUUCGUAACGAAAAUAUUAGUCAACGAUGAUGCAAAAGUCAAUGGUGUCGAAGUUGAUAUAAAUGGAAAACAAAACAGAUAUUUAGUUAAAUUUGACGUUAUUCUAAGUGCUGGAGCUAUUAACACCCCGCAAUUACUAAUGUUAUCUGGAAUUGGUCCUAAAGAGCACCUGUUAUCCAAAAACAUUUCAUGCAUUGUUGAUUUACCAGGUGUUGGAAAAAAUUUGCAAGAUCACACUUCUCUCUAUAUCCCAAUUUACGGAGAUCAACCAGCACUCGAGGACACAGCUAAGCAAAGGUUCGAAGUUGCAAAAUAUCUUUAUGAUAAAACUGGAUAUUUAGCUAGCGGUCCAAUAACAGAUGUACAUGCAUUCUUCUCUCGAAGCGGAAAUAUGACGUAUCCUGAAUUUCAAAGCCAUUUUGUAUUGCUCUGGAAAAAUUCUUCCAAUAUUCGACAGUUAUUUUACACAUUCGAAGAUGAUGUGGUAGAUUCUUUCACACGACAUAAUUCGAAUCAAGCAUUAUAUCUUUGUUUUUUCAACAUUUUGCACCCAUGUUCAAGAGGAAAAAUUUAUUUAAACACGUCCAAUUCACAUGAUCAUCCAAUUAUUGAAGAUAACUAUUUUGACGAUUAUAGGGAUGUUCAAGCCUCAGUUGAUGGUAUAAAAAUACUAACGAAGUUGGUUAGCACACCCUAUUUCAAAUCUAUUAACGCAUCCAUUCCCAGAAUAUACUUUCCACCGUGUAAUCAAUAUGAAUUUCUAAGUGAUCUUUACUGGAAAUGUUAUUCAAUGCAACUGACUGGUACUAUAUACCAUCCAGUAGGUACAGCAAAAAUGGGUCCAGAUCCAAAAGAUUCAGUAGUAGAUAAUUAUUUAAAAGUACAUGGGGUAAAUGGUUUGCGAGUUAUAGAUGCUAGUGUAAUGCCUUAUAUAACUAGUGGUAACACUAAUGCACCUACGAUUAUGAUCGGAGAAAUGGGCUCUGAUAUGAUUAAGGCUGAGUAUCUGCCUUGAAUAAAAUUAAAAGAUUUCUAAAUAAACGGGGAGAGUCUAAUUUUGUGCAUAAUUUUAUAAAGUAAA